AGGCGCGCGCGGAAGGGUCAUCGCCGUCAUGAGCCGCUUCAAGUUCAUUGACAUUGGUGUUAACUUAACGGACCCUAUGUUCAGAGGUGUAUACAGAGGGACUCAAAAGCAUCAAGAUGACUUCCUAGAUGUAGUGGACAGAGCAGUCAAAACUGGUUUGAAAAAGUUCAUCAUUACUGGUGGAAGUUUGCAAGACAGUAAAGAGGCACUUCAGCUGGCACAAACAAAUGACGUGUUUUACAGUACCGUUGGCUGCCAUCCUACCCGCUGCGCAGAGUUUGAUCAGCGUAACCCUGACCAGUACUUAGCAGAGUUACAAAGUCUAGCUGAGAAAAAUAAAGGGAAGGUUAUUGCCAUUGGGGAGUGCGGACUGGAUUUUGACAGACUAGAAUUCUGCCCUAAAGACACCCAGCUCAAAUAUUUCGAAAAACAGUUUGAUCUGUCAGAGCAAACAAAGCUACCGAUGUUCCUGCACUGCAGAAACGCGCAUCCAGAAUUCUUAGAUAUAAUGAGGCGAAACAGAGAGAGGUGUGUCGGAGGAGUGGUGCAUUCUUUCGAUGGCACUAAAGAAGCAGCGGCAGCUAUAAUCGAUUUGGAUCUCUACAUAGGAAUAAAUGGUUGUUCGCUGAAAACAGAAGCCAACUUAGAAACAGUGAGGUCAAUUCCAAAUGAAAGAUUAAUGAUAGAAACAGAUGCUCCUUGGUGUGGAGUGAAGAAUACCCAUGCUGGCUCAAAAUAUGUGAAGACCACAUUCCCUACCAAAAAAAAAUGGGAACCGGGACACUGCCUAAAGGACAGAAAUGAACCAUGUCAUAUAAUCCAAAUACUGGAAAUAAUAGCAGCAGUACGGGAAGAAGAUCCACUUGAACUGGCCAAUACGAUGUACAACAACAGUAUUAAAAUCUUCUUUCCAGAUAUGUAAAGUUGUAUCUAUUGUUAUAAAGCCUGCUAAUUCUGUUACAUAAAAUAAAG